AUGUUUAGCGAGCCACAAUUAUCGCCAGUUCCUUCGUCGGUCUCGGCAAUUUUAUCCAUCCCUAUUUUUCCUAUGCCAUCAAAAUCGACAUCCCUAUCACCAACAACGUCUCAUUCACGUACAUCUACAAUUACUUCGAACAGUUAUCUACGAUCAGAUGUGCCAUCUCCUCUGUCUCCGCCUCCUCCUGCUCCUCCGCAAUCGACUAUAACAGAAAACUAUUUCCAACAACAACAGCAACAACAACAUCAUCGACAAAUGAAAAUCGGAAAAUAUUUUCUUGAAAAAACUAUUGGCAAAGGAAAUUUUGCUGUUGUUAAAUUAGCUACACAUUGUGACACACAACAAAAAGUAGCGAUAAAAAUUAUUGAUAAAUCACGUCUAGAUCCUGGUGAUCAUAAAAAAUUAGAACGUGAAAUCGCUGUUAUGAAAUCAUUAAUACAUCCAUAUAUUAUUCGACUUUAUGAAGUAAUGGAAUCGAAGAAUCUUAUUUAUUUAGUUACAGAAUAUGCAGCUAAUGGUGAAUUAUUAGAUCUACUUAUUCGUGAAAAACGCUUAAGUGAACCGAAAGCAAAAGAAAAAUUUCGACAACUUGUUCUAGCUGUCGAAUAUAUUCAUUCAAAAAGCAUCGUUCAUCGCGAUUUAAAAGCUGAAAAUUUACUUUUGGACAGCCAAGGCAAUAUUAAAGUAGCAGAUUUCGGUUUUGCUAAUAUAUUUUAUCCUGAUUCGAAACUACAAACAUUUUGUGGUUCACCACCUUAUGCAGCUCCUGAACUUUAUCAAUGUCUUCCAUAUUCGCCCGAAAAAGUUGAUAUUUGGUCACUCGGUGUUUUGCUUUAUGUAUUUGUUUGUGGCCAUUUACCAUUCGAUAGUAAUAACCUUGCUGACUUACGAAAACGUGUUCUUUCGGGAAAUUAUCGUUUACCAUUUUAUCUUAGUUCAGAUUGUAGUUCAUUAAUCAGUCAUAUGUUAAUUGUCGAUCCAAAUCAACGUUAUACAAUAAAUGAUAUAAAAAAGCACUCAUGGUUUACAUCGAAUGAUUCAGAUGUAUCUGAUUUAAUAUGUCAAACACAAUUAGUACCAAAUUGUCAACUAACAAAUGCUAUCCUUGAUCAUGCUGAAUCACUUGGUUAUAAUCGUACACAGAUAUUAAAAUCUGUUAAUGGCAAUUCCUAUGAUAGUGAUGCUGCCAUAUGGCAUUUGUUAUUAGAAAAAUUUCAACAAACAUGUCAAAUCGACAAUUCUCACAUUCCAUUCGAAUCAGUACUUCCCAAUGAUAUGAAUAAUUCGGAUAUGGCAAGACGUUCAACAGCACCAUUAAUAUUCGAUGAAAAUAAUACGGAACUAAUUUAUUCAGCACCAAAUGCGACUGAAUCUAUACGUCCACAAUUAGAUCCGUGUGAUCUUCAACGUACACCAAAACACGUUGAUGAUCAUAAACAAGAACCAGAAAUUCGUAUGGAUUAUCAUGAUUGCUAUGAUGAAGAUGAUAAUGAUCAUGAUGGCGAAGAAGAUGAUGUAACAUCAGCACAAUUGCGUGAACAAUAUACUCGAGCGCGUGGUUUAAGACGACACACUAUUGGUCGACCUGAACUACUUGUACACGGGGGACCUAUUCCAAUACUUGCUUCAAAAGUACGUUUUGCUCAUCAAGCAUCGAGUCUUGAACCAGCACUUCUAUCAAAUCGCCUUACAAAUCUUCAGCAACAACAAAACUUUGAAACAAUACGAAAACCUCAUAAUGACGAUGAAAGCUCUUCAAUAUCACCACCAGUACCAUCGACUUUUCAGCAAAAAGAUGCAUAUUCAACAAGCUUGAAUGGUGAUUCGGGAUACUCACCUGUGAUAAAUAACAAGUCAUUAGAUGUACAUAAUCAUCCGCAACAAGAUACACAUUGGCUUUUACCACCAAUUUCUCAUAAUUUUCAUAUGAAUCGACGAGCUAGUGAUAGUGGUGCUCAUCUUCUCCUAUUUCAACAACAAUAUGGUGUUACCGGUUCGAAUACAUUUGGUGCUGUACAUCCAACAUAUACACAAUCUCCAUUAUCUAAUAGAUCCUCUCGAGGAAGUAUAACACGUGGUGCACCAAUAACACCACCAGCAUUUUCCAUUACUCCACAUGAAGACGAAGAAAAUGAAGAAGAUAAACAACAAAAUCCUCCCAAUGAAGAUGAUGACGAUGCUGAAGUUCUUGCACGAUAUCUCAAUCUUGGUAAACGUCAUACCGUAUGUGAACAAGGCCUUUUACUUGGUGGAAAACCUCGACGUGGUGGCACUCGUGAACCUACUAAAGAACGAGGUUUAUCAUCACGUCGUGCAAGUGACACAAGUUCAACUUUUAUGAAUGGCACAGCACGAGCUCAUCUUGAACGCUUGUAUAAUAAUGCUGUUAAUUCAAAACCAAGUGACGAUGAUUUAACAGCAUCAAGUUUGCAAGAAUUACAAAAAUUGAAGAAACAAGUACAAAAAUAUCCAACAAACAAUAACGAUACAUCAGUGGUUCGACGAGCAGCCGCUGUUCCUUCGCCAACAAACUCAGCUGGUCUUCAUAUGAUUCAAGAAGAGCAUCAACAAAAUCCAUUACUAUUAUCAUCGAAUUAUCAAUAUUCGAAUCAAAAUAAAUCUUCAUCGUCGUCAUCAUCAGAAGGUUUAGCAAAUAUCGACGAUGAUGACAAUGAAAUGGACUGUGAUGUUCAUCAUUAUUAUCAUCAUCAAACACCGCAAUUCUUUAGUCCAUCUCAUUAUCAUCCACCACCACAAACGUCAUCAUUAUUUCAUUGCAAUAAAAAUCCUUUACUCGCUCAACAUUUGACUAUCCCGACGACGACUUCUUAUAUGCCCUGA